CGCCCCCUCUCGUAGACCUGGGCGGGCGCGGGCUGGGGACGGACGCUGUGGGACCGCGGUGGGGUCCUCGGACGAAGGCUAUGGAGAGCUCGCUGGCCGUGCCGCGGCUGCCCCCGUGCGACCCAGGGAUACCGGCGCUCUCGGUGGUGGACAUGCACACAGGCGGCGAGCCCGUGCGCAUCGUGCUGGCGGGGUGUCCGGAGGUGGUCGGGGCCACCUUGCUGGCCAAGCGGCGCUAUAUGCGCCAGCACCUUGACUAUGUGCGGCGACGGCUCAUGUUCGAGCCCCGCGGGCACCGGGACAUGUAUGGGGCAGUCCUGGUGCCCAGCGAGCUGCCAGACGCGCAUCUGGGCGUCCUCUUCCUGCACAACGAGGGCUACAGCUCCAUGUGCGGCCACGCGGUGCUGGCGCUGGGCCGCUUCGCGCUGGACUUCGGCCUGGUGCCGGCGCCCGCGGCGGGCGCCCGCGAGGCCCGCGUCAACAUCCACUGCCCCUGCGGGCUGGUGACCGCCUUCGUGGAGUGUGAGGGCAGCCGCAGCCGCGGCCCAGUGCGCUUCCAUAGCGUCCCGGCCUUCGUGCUGGCCGCAGAUAUCACAGUGGAUGUUCCUGGACACGGGCAGGUGGUUGUAGACAUUGCAUAUGGUGGAGCAUUUUAUGCAUUUGUUAGUGCUGAGAAGUUAGGCCUUGACGUUUGUUUGGCAAAGACGAGGGACCUUGUGGAUGCAGCAAGUGCAGUGACAAAAGCAGCGAAAGCUCAGUUUAAAAUUAAUCAUCCUGACAGUGGAGACCUUGCCUUUCUAUAUGGAACCAUAAUAACAGAUGGAAAAGAUGCUUAUAGUGAGGAACCAACCACUAACAUCUGUGUGUUUGCAGAUGACCAGGUUGACAGAAGCCCAACUGGCUCAGGAGUGACAGCCCGAAUUGCCUUACAGUAUCAUAAAGGGCUUCUAGGACUGAACCAGACCAGAGCCUUUAAAAGCAGCACAACUGGCUCCAUGUUCACAGGAAAAGCUGUGAGGGAAGUAAAAUGUGGUGAUUUUCCAGCUGUCGUAGUGGAAGUGUCAGGACAAGCUCAUUACACGGGCACAGCCAGCUUUACCGUAGAAGAUGCUGACCCACUGAAGGACGGGUUUCUGCUCCAGUGACUUCUUACAUGACUUUCAAGACUUCCUUUUUAAAGUCAUGCUUAUCUAUAAUUGACACUUCCUCUAAAUUAUGUGAAAAUCAAUAUCUAAAUUAUACGUAUAAGCU